AUGGAUCUGACAACGUUAUUUCACAAUCUUCGCGAAGAAGUGUCUUGUUCGGUGUGCUCGGACUUAUUUACGGAUCCUAAACAUCUCCUCUGUCUGCACAGUUUCUGCUUAAAGUGUCUUAAUCGAUGGUACGAAACGUGCGGCGGCGGAGAGGCCAUUAAAUGCCCGAAGUGCCAAACCCUAAGCAGAGUGCCUGCGAGCGGUGAUCUAAAAGACUUUCCAACCAGCUUCUAUUUGAACGGCUUAAUCGAUGUUCUUGCUAUUAAAGAAUGCAAGAAGACUCAAGUGACAUGCGGAAAUUGCGAGAAGAAGUGCUCGGAAGCUUCGUAUUGUUUCCAGUGUUGCAUAUUUUAUUGCGAGCAUUGCUUAAUAUGUCAUAAUACCAUGCGGGACAAAAAGGAACACCGCGUAUUGGCGUUGAAAGAAUUCCAAAGCAAGGACUAUGAGGAUGUAUUGAAGCGACCAGUGUUUUGUUCAAGACAAGGACACCAGAAAGAAGAGCUCAAAUACUACUGCAAAGAAUGCGAAACAGUUCUUUGCCAAACUUGUUUCGCUUUGGAUCACGGAGGUCAUGUUUUGAAAUUACUCGAGGAAGAAGCGGAAAGCCAAAAACUCGAAAUAAAUACUGUUCUUCAAAAAAAGAGAGAAGGAUUAAAUGCAGAACUGAAGGUACUUGCCCAACUAGACGAGGACUACGCUAAAGUGAUUCAACAAAGUGAAAUCGCCAAGAGAGAUAUCCAAAGGUUUGCUGAUGGCUUGAUCAAAACAAUUCAAGUAAAAAUGCAAAAUCUUAUUGCUACUGUGGAGAACCAAACGAAGAGGUCCCUUGAAAGUUUAAAAGCAAAAGGAAGCGAGAUUCAGCAUCAGGUAAAUGUCACUGAAUCAUCACUGGAGGAAGCUGACAAUCUUUUAAAACGAAGUACCAGCGCGGAAGUUGUUCAACUUAAAAGAUCAUUACAGACAAUCUUUCAUAGAGUGGAUCAGACAGAGCCCAUUGUUUAUGACCCCACCAGUCUGCAAACUUUUGUUUUUGUAGAAAAUAAGAAGAUGCUCGAUAUUGUCAAUGGAGAAGAAAUUGGAGUUUUAGAAGAAGUUUUUCGAACAAAAGCAAGUGAAUCUCUGGCUGAAGGUGAAGGACUGAAAGAAGGAACUGUAGCGCGUAAAGCUAAAUUUAAUUUGACCACAAGAAACGCAGAGAGAAAGCAGGGGUAUAAUGAGAGGGACCGUGUAACGGUAGAGAUCAAGGACGAUCAAGAACAAGAAUGCGUGACGGAAGUACGAGUACAUGAUAACAAAGAUGGGACCUACAAAGUCACUUAUUAUCCUAGAUUUGAAGGGACAUUCAAAUUAUUAGUUAAGGUAAACGGGGAACAUAUUUAUGGUAGUCCUUUUACUGUGAUUUUAAAACCAUUUCAAGUCAAACCUGUUUUAUCUUUUGGAAAGAAAGGCUCGGGUGAAGGAAUGUUUAAUUAUCCCCUGGGGGUGGCUGUGAGUGAUGGGGACGAAAUAGUAGUAGCUGACUGUCAUAAUCAUCGGGUUCAAGUGUUUGACAGUAAUGGUACUUUCUUAAGAUCCUUUGGUCACAAAGGUGAAAAUGCUGGAGGGUCCAAAUACCCUUUUGGAAUAGCCAUUAAUAACGACAGGAAUAUUUUUGUAGCAGACAAAAACAACCACAGAAUACAGAUUCUUAGUUGGGAGGGGAGGCACCUGGGUUCAUUUGGCGGCAGAGGAAGCCAUGAUAGUCAGCUCUCUUUCCCUUGGGGUUUAUCCUUAGAUAGUACUGGUAAUGUUAUUGUUGCUGAUUCAAGUAACAAACUGAUUAAGAUCUUUACCCCGGAUGGUAGGUUUAUAAUGAAGAUAGGUGGACAGGGUUCUUUUAGUUUUCCUGUUCACUGUGUUCAGUGUGGUGAAUAUUUCAUAGUGUCAGACUCAAAUGAACAUUGUAUCAAAGUAUUUAACAGGGAGGGGCAUUUUCAGUACCAGUUUGGUAAGGAGGGGGAGGGGAACGGGAAUUUUAAUUGUCCACGUUUUCUGUCAGUGACUCAGUCAAAGCACCUGUUGGUUUGUGAUCAGAAUAAUCAUAGAAUACAAGUCUUUGAACUAGAUGGGAAGUUUGUCGGAAAAUUUGGAACAGAUGGCACCAAAUUAGGAGAAUUCAAGGAACCAUUCUCAGUAGCUGUUCUAAGUAAUGAUCAAAUUGUUGUGUGCGACAAAAAUAAUAAUCGAAUUCAGAUAUUUCAAUAAAAAUUGUCCUUUUUUCCCGGAGGUGUCAGCAAAUCUCUCUUUGAUUAAUAUUUGUAUUUGUCAGCUGUUCAGCACUGCUAUAAUGUUAUUGUAAGCCACAUUUAGUCAAGGUGAACCCGUGUGGUCUUAAAUCAAGUUAUGUACAUAACUUGUUAAAGGAAUGAGUUAACUUGAAUAUUCUUUUAAUAAAGUUCUGUAUUCGAUAAACGAUUUUUUUCUUUAAUUCUUACCAAUAUUCAUUCUCAACCAAGUUACAGAAAGGUGGCAGUGGUAAGCUUUUUUUGAACAGAAAUACGUUAUUGCUAAAUAUCUAUUUGUGCUUCAAAAACUUAUAAAUAUUCAAUAGACAUACUCUCGUGGAAGGACAUGCAAAAUUCAUCUGACGACAGAAAAGUGAGGGGAGGGAUUUGAAUUCAGCUUUUGGGGAGAUGAACACUAAUUAGGAUCGACAGGUCAUCAUUUGCAUUUGCAAAUCAGAUAAAAAGUGAAAAAUUCAACGAAAAUCUUACAGACGCCAGAACAGAUUUUCAGCCUAUUGAAAAGACCAAAAAAGAAUUAAUCGGAUAGAAGUUACCCAAAUACGGAGUCAGUUCAACCAAGAAAACCCCGAAAACAAUACAUUUCGAAAUAUUAAGACUGCUUAACAAGUGAAGAAUGAGUCAUAUAAACAGUUCUUACCAGUAUGCAUUUACGUAAAAUUUCUAGUGUCCCUCAAGUGGCUUUGGAAUUACUCUCCUUUAGCAACGUACGGUUAUCAACUGUAGAAACAGCCGAGCUUAAACAACAACAAGAACAACGGCGAGGGCAACGAGAACGUUUUUUCGAAAAAAGCAAUUCGCCACUUCCACAUCUCCCAUAAUACACCUUGUUUGCCCCCCAAAAUUUUGCAUAAUCUUUUGAUUUUCAUUUCUCCUAGGUAUAACAGCCGUCCCAACAGAAAUUAAGAACAAUGCUUAUGCAAAAUUUUGGGGGGCAAAUAAGGUGCAUUUUGGGAGAUGCGCAUGUGACGAAUAGGUUAAGAUUAGCAACACAACAACUCUGCACGUACACAACGCUAUUUUGUAAAUUUCUUUGCCGUUUUUACACGACUACGACAUGAAAAUGCCUAAUUAAAAUUUCACGUUUAUUGGAGGACGUUAACAAAUGACACCAAUUUUCUUUUUCUUUACCUGUACUUUGAUACAAUCCUUUAGGAUUUAUUAAAUUCCUGCCAGAAAAAUUCGCUAAAAAUUUGACAAAGUGAAUGACAUGGAAUAACGGCGAUGAAGUUUGCAACACCGUGAAUUCAAGUUUUUGUUGCCGCUUUAGCAUCGACGACGGCGACGGCAGCGAAAACGUCACUUUUAAAAUGAAUUUACGUUUUUUAAAACUUUGCUGCGUUUGUUCAAAUUCGUUGAAAAUGUCAAAUUUAAGCGAAUUUCCCUGCAGUUGAUUUCUUGGGGACCGCACUCAAGUUUAAAAAGAGACAGAGAAAUUCAUUGUCUCGUGUUUGUGUCCUUUAUAAGAGUGAAAAUAGGCAUUUUCAUGUCGUAUACUGGGUAUGUAUAAAAAAGUUAAAUCUCAUGGUACUAUCAGUCACAUAGACGGAAGAAAAUCAGCGACAUCGUGAAUUUCAACUAUUAUUCUGAAUUUAUGAUGAAUCCGCGGCAAAUUUAGUCUUCAACUCUUCAAUUUUUGAACUCGUCUUUAUCAACAAUAUUUAUACGAAGAUUUACACAUGUAAAGUGAAUUGGAACUUCAAAAAUGUGUAUUUAAGUUUCUAUAUUACCAGCUAGCUAAAGUUAUUUUCACAUUUAUUUGAAAUCCUUAUGGACUCUUACCCCUAUUAUCUUUAAUGAUCCACAAGGGUUUGGUCUACUUUUUCAUCCAAGGGUAUUCACUUUUAUGCUUCAUUUUUAAUUUAUUAAGUAGGUAAGUAAGUAAGUAAGUAAGUAAGUAAAGACUUUAUUUUAUGAGGGUUAGCACGAAAUAGCCGGGGCUAAUAAACUUGUGGCCCUCUAAAAAAGGGGAUUGUUAUGAACUAAUUUACCCUAGCAAAUUCUGCGAAGAUAUGAGUUGAAAACAUCAUCAGUGUAAUGUUAAAAUAUUCAACUCUUCUUUGUUUUUAUUCUUGUUGCUUUUGUUUCAUGACAGGGGAAGGGCGAGGAUUUGAGAUAGCUCAAGGCCGUUUGGGUCCUGGGCGAAUUCACCACUGCAGGCGUUCAAUUGGACUAGCAGAACGAUCACUCGAACUUAUGGUUCAGCGGUCUUUAGAGAGAGUGGCCUUUGGAAAGCGUUUGGCCGAAAAGGUUUGUAGUAGAAGGUUCAAGGUCCUGUUACACGACUGAAUCUGUUAGCCAAACAUGGCAAUUUGAUCCUACUGGUAGGUAAAACGAGUACGCUGGACGAUAACGUUGAGAAAUUUUGUUGCCAACGAGGCUUAGGGACUGGGCAAGGCCAUCAGUAGUAAUACCACUUACCUCAAUAGAUUACACUCGCGAUAAGGAACCCGUCGUAUGGAAGUCUUGUCAUGUACUGCAGUUACUAAAACUGUUGUAUCACUGAUGUUUCUUUAGGGAAUGGUACAGGAGCAGAUCGCUCUGUCAAGAAUUGAAAUUGAACAGGCCAGACUGCUUGUGCUGAAGGCGGCACACACCAUCGAUUGCCAUGGAAACAAGGCUGCAAGAAAACAGGUGGGUAUGUCAGCAGUAUUGGGAGCACAGGGCAACCAGGCGUGUCGGGAAUGUCCCUCGUGUGUUACCCCUUUAUAGUUCUAGUCUACAGUUUAGUGUGACUUAAGUUAGUGACCAAACCGAAAUGAUCUUCCUCAGUUGUUGCAACGUGCGUUCUUCGUUGGGAGCUUAAGCAACGACGACGGCCACGGCGACGAGAACGGCAAAUAAAAAAAAGGAUUUAUAGGGUUUCCUACGGGUCAUGGAAAACCUGGAAAGUCAUGGAAUUUAAGCAUUUCAUUUUCAAGGCCUGGAAAGGCAUGGGAUUUAAUUCUCGGUCCUUGAGAGUCGUGGAACAUUAAAAUUUUUGUUUGAUAGAUUAGUUACUGCCGAUGACAAGGCAAGGACAAUAUAAAAUAGAGAGGAGUGAUUUAACAGCGCGAACGGCAGGCAUUUUGGUGGACACCAGAGUUUGUGUCUGUUGAACUGUUUAAGGUCCAGAAAUACCCUAAAAGAAGGAAAGUCCUAAAAAGGUUUGAAAGUGACAGCUAAACCUAAGAUCUUGGAAAAGUUUUAAAAGGUCAUGGAAAAAGUCAAGGAAUUUGAAGAGCUCAAAAGAGGACGAGCACUGGGUUUAUAAUUAGAUUGGAAAAACAACAUUGUUGCUCGUGCAUCACGCUUUUUUGCACAUUUCUUUGCCGUCGCUACACUGCCACAACCGGUGAAAGUGCCUAAUUUCACGUUUUGUUUAGGACGUGGACGAAGACAACGACUUCCUUGUUCUUUUCCCCCCUGGUGAACCUACCAAAUUCCAGCGGAGAAUUGGCUGAAAAAGAGUGGCACAAGACUGUUUUACAUCGAUUGAGAACUUCACUGUUUAACUCUUGCAGAUUGCUAUGGCAAAGAUCGCAGUUCCUCGCAUGGCCUGUAACGUCAUUGACCGAGCGAUUCAGGUGCAUGGUGGGAAGGGAGUAUCCCAGGAUACACCGCUGGCUUAUUUCUACACAGGAGCUCGGAGUCUGCGCAUUGCUGAUGGCCCGGAUGAGGUUCAUUUGGAGGCAGUGGCUAAACUUGAGCUGAAGGAAGCACUCAAGUCUAAGAUGUAACCUGGUAUUACGAUCAAUUUGGCACCACGAUGAAUCAACUGAUCGUUUACGAAUGAACAUAAAUAUUUUAUAAGUAGAAGGAGCCUGAUCGUCCACGUGAUCGUAUCCCUGAAUAGGAAUGUUAUUGACAGUGAGUGACGUUUCGACAACCUGUGCCAUAAAAAUGUUAUUCAAAAUUCAGUGACGGAUUUAAGAGGGAAGGGAGCGAUGACGUCAAAAUUUCUCGUUUUGCAUCAGUACAGAGGUUUAAAUAACCACGAUGAUGAAUGCAGCAAGAACAGCACAAAACUAACGCUUCGAUGAAUCACAACAAUGCCUCUGUUCGCGUGCUUUAUACCGGUAUUUUAGAAUGUUUCUCUGCCGUAGUCCAAUAAUAAAAUUAAAGGUUUUGUCGAGAACGACGGUUUCGUCUCUUUUUUCUUAACACCUAAGCUGUUGCAACCAUUUCACUCCUUUUAGAAAUUUUUUCGCACAAGUCAAAUUGAGCAUACGUGGUAAACACAACUUUUAGAUUGAAGAAAAGAAACAUAGCAAUAAAUAGAGAAUGAAGUCUACUUAUCCCGUCAAAAUGUUAUGUAAUAGACCAUUUCACGGUUGUGGGCUUAGUGUCCUCGCCUUUGAGUGAACGUGAGGCUGAGGUUGACCUUGUUCAUUCUUUUCUUAUAAAAAUUAUAAUAAAAAAUACUAGUUAGCAUAAGAACAACAUCAUUUGGAUAAUAAUGCAGGAAAGGUUGUAUCAAAACAAGGUCAACGGCAGCCUCGUUUCCAAUUUUAACUGUAAAAUGGCCUAUUACGUCACUUUUUCUUGAUGCGAACUGUGAGUACUGUGAACUAAGUUUAGCCAAAAAACGAGGCCAAAAAUUGGCGUUUAUCAAGCCCGCUCGCUCUAAAACAAAAAAGUAUGAAAGUACAAAUACUGCAAAAGUACGAACUGCUUUGAACUUUUUGAGUUGGUGUAUUAAGGAAUUUACUUUUUAAGUGUCGUUACACAACCUCUGUAUGAUAUUUCUAAUGCUAAAUAGAAUGACUCUGGACAAAAACGAAUUACGCUAAAACAUUCCAAGAUCAAGAAAAGAUGAUAUAUUUGAAAUAUAAAUCCCCACCGUAAAACGAGGGGGUCUGGGCCUAGGUUACGCUGUGUUGUCGGUUUAGCUGUCGCGAUUUGUAACUGAAACAUUUGUGCUGUAUAGCAGGCUCUGUUAGGGACCUGUGACACAAUCAGAUUAUACUAUAGACUUGUACUAAACGCAUGAAAGUAGAAAGCAUGAACAUCUACUAAUGAGAAGAAGUUCUAGUAAUAUAAAUCCGCUCUAAGGCGUUAAGAUUGGUCCGUGGGUUAACUAACAUGAUAAUAUAUAGUACUUUCACAGAGGGUUUUUUAGACUGUGUAAAGUCACCCUCUCCCCUUAAACAAAACUGGGGAGAGAAACGGGACCGGCAGAACACAGGCUAACAGUUGUUUUGCUUUUAUCUACGCCUCAACCGUUCUUGGUUUUAUACACUUCGUGCAUACUUGUGACUUUCACGCAUUCUUGCUUCACAAAGGACUUACCAGCCCCCCGGGGGGCUUAAUAGAGGAUUUACGGUAAUCUUUUUUUGUUAUUGAUCAUUUUACGUCUGGUUUAAGUUUCACAAUAACAAUCUGUGAUUGGCUCGUCGUCCUUUCUUUCCGAGAAAAGCUAAAGAUAGAAAGUCACAAGACUUCAUUGUUGGGUGUGGAGUGCAUCGAAGGUCAUUUUGCCUUUGUUCCUGAAGUCAUCAUGGAUCUAACAAAGCUAUUUCACAAUCUUCGCGAAGAAGUGUCUUGUUCGGUGUGCUCGGACUUAUUUACGGAUCCUAAACAUCUCUCCUGCCUUCACAGUUUCUGCUUAAAGUGUCUAAAAAGAUGGUACGAAACGUGCGGCGGUGGAGAGGCCAUUAAAUGUCCAAAGUGCCAAACCCUAAGCAGAAUACCAGCAAGCGGUGAUCUGAAAGAUCUUCCAACCAGCUUUUAUUUGAACGGCUUGAUCGAUGUUCUUGCUAUUAAAGAAUGCAAAAGCACUCAAGUGACAUGCGGAAACUGCGACAAGAAGAGUUCAGAAGCUUCGUAUUGUUUCCAGUGUUGUAUAUUUUAUUGUGAGCAAUGCCUGGUUGGUCACAAUAUGAUGCGAGACAAAAAGGAACACCGCGUAUUGGCAGUGAAAGAGUUCCAAGACAAGGACUACGAGGAUGUACUGAAGCGACCAGUAUUUUGUUCAAAGGAACGACACCAGAAAGAAGAGCUUAAAUACUACUGCAAAGAAUGCGAGACGGCUCUUUGCCAAACUUGCGUCACUUUGAAUCAUGGAGGUCAUGAUUUGAGAUUAAUCGAAGAAGAAGCCGAAAACAAAACACUCGAAAUAAAAUCUCUCCUUCAAUCGCAGAGAGAAGCCUUAGAUGCAAAACUGAAUGUAAUUGCUCAACUAAACGAGGACUGUGCUAAAGUGAUUCAACAAAGUGAAAUCGCCAGGAGAGAUGUCCAAAGGUUUGCUGAUGCCUUGAUCAAAACAAUUCAAGCAAAAAUGAAAAAUAUUAUUACCUCUGUGGAAAACCAAACGAAGAAGUCACUCGAAAGUUUAAAAGCAAAAAGAAGUGCGAUUCAGCAACAGAUAAAUGCCACCGAAUCAUCACUGGAGGAAGCUGAUAAACUUUUAAAACGAAGCACCACCGCGGAAGUUGUUCAACUUAAAAAAUCGUUACAGACAAUCUUUCAUGGAUUGAAUCAAACCGAGCCUAUUGUUUAUGACCCCAGUAGUCUGAAAACGUUUGUUUUUGUGGAAAAUCAGAAGAUGCUUGACAUCGUCAACGAGGAAAAAAUUGGAUUCUUGAAAAAACCUUCUCACCUGCAAACAAAAGCAAGUGAAUCACUGGCUGAAGGUGAUGGACUGAAAGAAGGAACUGUAGCGCGUAAAGCUCAAUUCAAUUUGAUCACCAAAAACGCAGAGAGGAAGCAGUGGUAUGAUGAAGGGGACCGUGUCACGUUAGAGAUCAAGGACGAUCAAGGACAAGAAUGCGUGACGCAAGUGCGAAUAGAUGAUAACAAAGAUGGAACCUACAAAAUCACUUAUUAUCCCAAAGUUCAAGGGACAUUCAAAUUAUUAGUUAAAGUAAACGGAAAACAUAUUUCUUGUAGUCCUUUUACUGUGAUUUUAAAACCAUUUCAAGUCAAACCUGUUUUAUCUUUUGGAAAGCAAGGCUCGGGUGAAGGAAUGUUUAAGUACCCUCAGGGGGUGGCAGUGAGUGAUAAGGACGAAAUAGUAGUAGCUGACAGCAAUAACUAUCGUGUUCAAGUGUUUGACAGUAAUGGUACUUUUUUUAGAUUAUUUGGUCAGGACGGUGUGAAUGCUGAAGAGUUCAAAUACCCUAUUGGAAUAGCCAUUAAUAAGGACAGGAAUAUUUUUGUAGCAGACAGUAAUAACCACAGAAUACAGAUUCUUAGUUGGGAGGGGAGGCACCUGGGUUCAUUUGGGGGCAGAGGAGGAAGCCUUGAUAGUCAGCUCUCUUACCCUGGGGGUUUAUCCUUAGAUAGUACUGGUAAUGUUAUCGUUACUGAUGCACGUGACAAACUGAUUAAGAUCUUUACCCCGGAUGGUAGGUUUGUAAUGAAGAUAGGUGAGCAGGGUUCUUUUAUUUUUCCUGUUCACUGUGUUCAGUGUGGUGAAUAUUUCAUAGUGUCAGACUCACUUGAACACUGUAUCAAAGUAUUUAGCAGGGAGGGGCAUUUUCAGUACAAGUUUGGUAAGAAGGGGGAGGGGGAUGGGGAGUUUAAUCGUCCACGUUUUCUGUCAGUGACUCAGUCAAAGCACCUGUUGGUUUGUGGUGAGGAUAGUCAUAGAAUACAAGUCUUUGAAGUAGAUGGGAAGUUUGUCGGAAAAUUUGGAACAAAUGGCAGCAAAUUAGGAGAAUUCAAUUCUCCAUUCUCAGUAGCUGUUCUAAGUAAUGAUCAAAUUGUUGUGUGCGAGCGCGGCAAUCACCGAAUUCAGAUAUUUCAAUAA